CGCUGUAGUGCGUUAUAACAUAGUCGUCAAACUGCCUGCGUUGUAAGUGCUUCAGCGACAGAUCUACUGGCAAGAUGGUGAAGCAGUUCUCAGGCAAGAAGUACGAACUGGAUGUCGCCAGCCAGGAGAACAUGGACGCCUUCCUGCAAGCUGCCGGUAUCGCCGAGGCGGAUAGGCGGAAGGAAAUACUGGGCCACAAUAUGACCAUCGGUGUGACGGUGAAUGGCGACGAGUACACAUUCAGCUUGGAAGCAGCUGGCCGCAAGUUUGAUACCAAGUGCAGGCUGGACGAGGAAUUCGACGAGACGUUAUGGGACACCACGACGCGCAGCAAGUACUCCAUCAAGGGAGGCGACACGGUGGUGCACUGGUCGCGCUACCCAGACGGCAAGAUCAUCAGUUCGGAGACCAAGUACUCGGCCGACAAGGCUCUGCAGACGAUUACUCUUGGUGAUGUCGUGGCAAAGAAGACGUUCAAGGCCAAAUGAGUUGGUAAUCGGAAGAUCCAUUGUGGUGAUACUUCACCUCCACAUUCAGUGCAAUCGUUGAUGCAGCUAUUCAGCACAGUUCAAAAUGACAGUUUUAGAAGUUACCUACCAUAAGUUAUUGUAAAACAAUUUUAAUAAAAUGCCAGCCAAUUGAA